CGCGCAUGCGCACUUUCACAUAACACUUCCUAGUGCCACUGGGCUAGUUAGUUUUGCAUGGACCGGUACCCGGGUGGGUGAAGAUUUAACCUAAGCACCAAUGGAAUGGUCGCAAAUGUAGUACCUCCACUCAUCCUGGACACCGGGGCAUGCAAAACGAACAAACCCAUUGGGACAACAGCCGUACAUUUUUACUCAUUUAUUUUACGUUUAAAUUAGCAAAUACCAGCACUGCAAUGGCAAUUGACUGGCUUGGAUUUGGCUACGCUGCAGCCAUAGUCCUUGGGGGAUUCAUGGGAUACAAGAAAAAAGGUAGUGUCAUGUCACUGAUAGCUGGGCUAUUGUUUGGCAGCAUAGCCACCUAUGGGGCCUUCAUGAUUUCAAAUGACCCAACCAAGACUUUCUACUCCCUCGUUGCCUCAGGAGCGCUGACAAUAGUAAUGGGAAUGAGAUUCAAGAAAUCUGGUAAAAUAAUGCCAGGUGGUAUCAUGGCAGGACUAAGUGUGCUGAUGGUCCUACGACUUCUCUUCAUGAGUGUGAUUGUAAUGUGAUUUGAACAAUACAACAACCAACUAAAGCAAGAUGGAAAAUGUCAUCACAAGGGAUGAAUUUGCAUUUGCACAUUGUUUGUGCUUGCCUAUAUGUAUUAUUCUAAUCAUUCUUAAUGUUUGUACGUUCUUUAAAGAACUUGAUCCUGCAACCUAUGAUCAUAUUGCUGCUUUUAUGUAAUUCCUAAAGUAUGCAGCACUGGGGCAAUGAGUGCACAUACACAAUGACUAAAUGCUAUGUGAAUGGUGAGUAAAAAGGUUGUUACAGUGCCUUGCAAAA